AUGCUAAAUGAUUUUGAGGCUGGACCAAGUCAUAUAAAUUCUGAUGUUAAUGAUGAUGUAGAAAGAAUUGAAGAAGUUGAAAAUAUGUAUGAUCAAAAUCAUGGGGAUGGCUACAGAGAACAAGGAUUAUGUAUCAAGAGUGUAAAAUACCUAUAUAAAUAUGUGCAUAAAGGUCCAGAUCGUGUCUCUAUGGAAGUUAGACCAGACCCAAAUUAUGAUGAUGUCCAACAGUACAUUGAUGCAAGAUGGGUAUGUGCUCUAGAGGCAAGUUGGAAGAUAUUUGCUUUUCCUAUGUAUCAAAUGUACCCUGCUAUUUUUCGUUUGCAAAUUCAUCUUCCAGAUAGACAACAGCAAGUAGCUGAACAAAGGGGUUUACUAGGGAAUGAUAACAGCAUACGACAGUGUCUGCUUGAGGCAAGAGACAUUCGAAUGCUGUUAGCUUUAAGAAGAUUGUUUGCAACAAUAUUGAUAUUUUGUCUACCAACUAGAGUAAGAGAAUUGUGGAAUGAGUUCUACCCAUAUAUGGUAGAAGAUUACCCAUCAACAUUUGUUACAAUAGGGACACGUUGUACAAAUAAAUUUCUCAAUGAUUUAAAGGCAUUGCUCUUGCAACAUGGAAAGCAUAUCACAGAGUAUGAUUUGCCGAUUUCAACUGGAGAAUGUGACAAUGAUUUAGCUGUACCAAGACUCAUACAAGAUGAGCUAACUGUUCCUAAUGUAGAUGAAGAACUUACUUUAAUUGAGAAAUUGAAUAAUGACCAGAAAUUUGCAUAUGAGACAAUCAUGAUAGUUAUUGAUCUUAAGAAAAGCAUGAUAUUCUUUGUCGAUGGGCCAGGGGGAACUGGGAAAACAUUUUUGUAUCGUACAGUAUUAGCAACCUUGAGAAAAGCCGGUCACAUUGCAAUUGCCACAGCUACAUCUGGCAUAACAGCAACAUUACUCCCUGGUGGAAGAACAGUGCAUUCCAGGAAGGUGCUAAUUUUGAGUGGAGAUUUUUAUCAAGUACUUCCAGUUGUUCCAAAGGGUACAAAGGCAGAAAUGAUUGAUGCAUGCAUAGUCAAGUCCCCAUUAUGGAAAGAUGUCAAAGUGUUACAUUUGAAGCAGAAUAUGAGUUUGCAAGAACAUGCCAAUGAUGCAAGAUAUAUGGUUGAUAGGGCUUUGCUAACACUUAUAAAUGAUGAUGUUGAACUGCUUAAUGCAAAGAUAAUUUCUCAGUUCCUAGGAGAUGAGUUUACAUUACAUUCUUUUGAUGAGGGUUUACCACCAUAUAUAUUAAGGCUGAAAAAGGGUGCUCCAAUUAUGUUGUUGCGUAAUAUAGAUCCAAAAGCUGGAUUAUGUAAUGGUACAAGAUUGAUAUACUGUGGAAGUUUUAACAACGUAAUAGAUGCUGAAAUUUUGACUAGACAAUAUGUGGGUACACGUGUUUUCUUGUCAAGAAUCCCUUUGAAGACAAAAGAAAAUGUACACCUACAAUUUGUAAUGAUUAGACGACAAUUUCUUGUACGUUUGAGUUUUGCAAUUACAAUAAACAAAGUGCAAGGUCAGACAAUUCCAACUGUUGGAAUUUAUCUUCCUGAUCAUGACUUUAGCAAUGGCCAAUUAUAUGUGGCGUUGUCAAGGGGAGUCUCCCAAUCCACCACAAAACUAUUGGUGCAAAAAGGAACAAUACCUAAGGAGGAAGGUGUUCACACAAGAAAUAUUGUGUAUAAAGAUGUUUUGUUCCCUUCAUCAUAG